AUGGAUCAGGUCGGACUUGAUGUCUUUCAAUUCAUUCUCUCCUACUUACUUCCCAUUCCCUAUCUCUUUCAAUUACAACGAGUGAGCCAACACUGGAAGCAACUUUGUUGUGAAUGUAUGAAAGAAGAUUGUACAGAAUUGUAUUGGGAUCUCUCCACAAUUUCUGGUUUGAAAUGUAAAGGAUUUUUAGGAGUCAUUGAGGACAAAUUACCACCCGCCUAUAAACAUUUAAAGGUCGGUGAAAGUUAUGAUGUGAGAGGAUUAGGAUUUUUGAGAAUCAUUCUUUCACAUUUCAAAAAAGUGAAACGAAUCACUUUGAAAAAUAUGAGUAUUUCAGUAGGAGUAUUCUAUGCCAUUUUUGUUGAAUGGGAAGGAAUUUUGAAAGAAUUAUGUUUGAUUGAUUGCAAUUUUGACACAAUUAGUUUAGCAAGUUGGAUUCGCUUCAAGUUUGAAAAUAGUGAAAGUUGGCAAAACUCGCUUGCACUUACGAUGGGGAGACGUUUGGAGGAUAUUGAAAUUAGUGCAAAAUUUACUCCAUAUUGCAUCAUACCUGAAUAUGGACAACAAAUUCUGAGUGGAUUUAAAAUGUCAGCAGUUGAAAAAAUAGUUUUACGAAAUUGUUCAUCCAAAGCUGAUCCAUAUUAUGAUAUACGUUGCUUACUGGGGGAAUUUAUGGGUUUAUUUAAAUGCUUUUCGCCUCAUCUCAAAUAUGUGGAUGUUUCUAAUCUCUCUCCCUCAACAAAUGUGGAUAAAUUACUUGAAGAACUAAAUUUUCACCUUUUAUUCCCAAAUGUGGUAUUCCAAAAGAAUAUCUAUAACAUUGCAUCUCAAAUGCUUAAUGAUGGAAUUAGUUACCAAGAAGUAAUCAACUAUUACUUUGAAUAUUUUGUGAAUGAAUUUAAAUUUAGGAGAAAUCGAUUGGAUGCUUAUGCAGCACGCUAUUUGUCAAGUUUUGAUGACUUUUCCAAUUUCCACAAAAAUAUUGCCAAACCCCUAUUGAUCUUCUUUUUGAUUCAUUCGCCAUUUGGAAUUGACACGGCCCAGCAAGAUAUUCAGGGAUACAACAUCAUUCAGCUAGCUCUCAUUCAUGCUAACCUGGAUGUUUUAAAAUUUAUUUUAGAUUAUUUAACAUGCUUGGAAAAUUCAGAAACACCUGCAACAUUAUCUCAAUACGAGUUGAACAAGUUAUUUUCGCACAACAAUAAGCUCGAUGGAAAGAAUGCUAUUUUCACCUGCUUGACCCAAAGGACACAUGAAAAAAAAUUAUUAAUGCUGCUCCACAAGUACAAAAUUUCCUUCAAUCACCAAUCGGAAGAUGGUAAUACCAUUGCACAUUAUUUAUGUCACUUUGGACAACUUCAAAGGAUGAAGUUUAUUUUGGAAGAUGUUUUGAAAAUUAACAUGGACAAGACUGAAGAAACUCAGGCUUCAGAAGUGAAAUACUUUAUGGAUUUUGAUAUUACGAAUAAUGACGGAGAAACUCCUUUAGAUUUGUGUAAAAAGUACAAAAUGUCUACCAUGUUUUCAUAUUUGAAAGAACAAGCAAAACAAUUAGGAAUUACACACCUUCCUCAAUACAAACUUUCCACUGUUAAUGCAAUUACACAACAGAACGUUACGCUAGAAAAUGGAGUUAAAGGAACUUUGAUACAUGAAAGGCCUUUCAGGUGUCGAAUACUUUAG